AGCUAGCUGAACACAACGCAGACUGCUCCUCUCUCUCUCUCUCUCUCUCUCUCUCUCUCAAAUUCUAUCUUGCUCUUCCGCCCCCAUUACGAUGCCGUUUUGCGAGGUCGGGUCGCCGCAGAAUGCCGCGGCGGACGCCAAGCUCAACGCCGGAAUCAAAAUCUUCUACAGAACGUACGGCCGCGGACCGACCAAGGUCCUCCUCAUCAUAGGAUUGGCGGGGACGCACGACUCGUGGGGCCCACAGAUACAGGGCCUGACGGGGUCCGUUAUCCCCAAUGAUGACCAGAGGGCGGCAGCCGCCGAUUGCUCCGACAAUGAGGCUGGUUUUAGCGGCGGUGGCAUCGAGGUGUGCGCCUUCGAUAACCGGGGCAUGGGUCGGAGCUCCAUCCCCACCAAAAAAUCAGAAUAUACAACAAGAACAAUGGCAAAGGAUGCAAUUGCAUUGAUGGAUCACUUGGGCUGGAGAGAAUCCCAUGUCUUCGGGCAUUCGAUGGGAGCUAUGAUAGCUUGCAAAUUAGCAGCAAUGGUGCCCAGUAGAAUUCUGUCGUUGGCUUUGCUUAAUGUGACUGGAGGAGGUUUCGAAUGUUUACCAAGGCUUGACCGACAAACAAUAUCCAUUGCUGUCCGUUUUUUAAGGGCAAAGACUCCUGAGCAAAGGGCGGCUGUAGACUUGGACACUCACUACUCGAAGGGAUAUCUUGAGGAACAUGUUGGAUCCAAAACGAGAAGGGAAAUUUUAUAUCAAGAAUACGUAAAGGGUAUAUCAGCAACCGGGAUGCAGUCUAACCAUGGUUUUGAGGGCCAAAUAAAUGCAUGCUGGACGCAUAAAAUGACGCGAAUGGAGAUUGAAUUGAUCCGCUCAGCAGGAUUUCUCGUUUCAGUCAUCCAUGGCAGGCAUGAUGUCAUUGCUCAAAUAUAUUACGCAAGGAGACUGGCAGAGAAGCUGCAUCCUGUUGCUAGAAUGGUAGAUCUUCCCGGAGGGCAUCUAGUGAGUCACGAGAGGACUGAAGAGGUAAACAAAGCUCUUAUGGAGCUGAUCAAGGCAACGGAAGCAAAGACUGAGCCACACGAUUGGACAAAUUUGCCUGAAAAAAGUUCAGGGUGGAUAGUUACAAGAAUUUCGCUUAUCAGAACUAGUACCGGAGAAGGGAGAAGUGUAUCGUUCAUGUGCAGUGUAUUUGAAAAGCUACAUCUUUUCCUCUUAUACCUCUUUGGCCUCUUUACAUUGGCAUUUGAGAAUGCAAGGAGAGCCUUCAGAACUAUAAAACCAGCAAGAGUUGGACAUGCCAUCACAUAAGCUGCUGCUGAUCGUGAAGAACCCCCCACGUUUUGUUCAACUGGGGUUCAUUGAUUUUUCAUUAUAUCGGCGUUGGUGAAUGCUGUGUGAUGUGUUCUUCCCGGAAACCGGGAUUUAUUAACAAGAAAUGAGGCAUUUUAUACAGACAUGUUGCAAUCGGAGGCAGGAACGGAGAGAGAUCACAAGGGCCAAUAUUUAGGCAGAUCUCAAUCCUCAAUUCACUUGCAACAUAUGAAGAUAAUAAUUUUAUCCAUUUAUACCGGAGACAAACUAGUCUUUACAGAUUGUUUCGACUGUUACUAUAUAAUUUCAACUGUUCAAUUUUUUUUCGUAAUUUGAAGAAAAUAAAAGGGAAGAGAUCUUCGCACUCCCCUUCUUUUA